AUGAAUGAGGGUAGACUUUUCAGAAAAUCCGAUGUUCAGAAUCUCCAUUCGUCGGUCGAAGCAAAUUUAGAUCAAGGUCAGUGCCCAAACUUCCAUACAAGUUCCGCAUCUAGUUUAAUUAAGCAUGUGGAUGUGGUGAUAUGCUCACGGGCACGACUUAUGUCGAGGUGCAACCUACUCUCAGCAUGGAACCAAGCAGACGACUGGGCCACAGCUCUGACACACUAA